AUGCCGUUAGUAGCGGGAAGAGUCAUAGCCUUCAUUGGAUGUUGCUUAUAUUUGUGUGUGGAAUUCUUACCCACAGGAAGACGUUAUCUUAUGUUGGCAUGUUACUUCCUCUUUGGUGUAGCGAUUAGUUCUUCUACAGUUUUGCGAGCUUACAUAGCUGCCGUCAGCUCGCCAGACGAUCGAGCACGAGCCUAUUCAGCAUUUGUUGUUGCCAGCAUGCUAUCUGUUGUUGUCGGACCAGUAUGUCAACUGGCUUUUUCGAAUAUGCCAUAUCCCGGAUACGUUAUAAUCGAAAACGCUUUGAAAUUCCAUAUUUAUUCGGCGCCUAUCUGGGUGGCAUCGUUGACCAAUUUCGUCUCUAUAGCCAUAAUCAUCUACGGAUUGAAGGACGUCCAUGUAGCCGAGAAACUAGAGAAAAAAAGUGUAAACGAACUUUCUAUCAAAGUGCUGAAGGAAAAGAUCAAAGCAGUCACGUCUAUGAAUCUACCAUGGGGACUAAUCUUCCUGUGCUGGUUGGAGAAAAUGAUUGCUCAGCUUUCGAUAGUCACGCUAUCCACGUAA